AUGGUUUCUGAUAUUUUUACUAUGGAUGGCAAUGAGUUUAAUAGGCUUGCUCUACUGUCAAUCCUGAGCCCGCAGCAUUGAUUUAUUGAUGAGGCUUGCAAUGGAAAAACGCUAUGAAUAAAGUCAUCUCCUGUAAUGAGAGAAAACAAAUGUAUAAAGCAAUUAUUAUGGAUUGUAGCAUGCCUGAAAUGUCAGGAUUUGAAGCCACAAUUGAAAUAA